AUGCAGGCAACCGAGAUUUUGCUGAGACGUCUCCGUGACGGGGGUGAGGGUGAGGGUGACGCCAGCAACACCAAGACCAGCGGCAGGAGCGGCGGCGGCGGCGGCGGUGGAGUCACUAGCACCGAUAACGAUGAUGAUGGCGACCCGGGGGCUCCGCAGGAUUGCUUCUCUCCCAUCGAGCUGGCCACCCUCGUUGAGGUCCACGGCUACUCCCCCGAGGACGCGAGGAGAGCUCUGACAAUCUGCCACGAGAUGAGGAAGUUGGAAGCGGCGGGGGUCGGAAGGGUGACGGCGGCGCAGGAGCUGACCAGACGCGUGCUGUGCGGGACGGGGGCGGUGGUUGAAGGGGUGGGGGAGGUGGCUGGGAAGGGGGAGCUUGGAGUUCGCCCUUUGCGGCGGCGGAAGCGGCGACCGAUCAGACGCCGGUCCAUCCACCCCGCUGACGACAUCGGCAACAGCAGGAGGAGCUAUGUCGUCAGCGGUACCACCCCGACUAGUCGGUCGGAAGCGGUCGCACGCGAGCACUGCACACGGCACCAUAUCUCCCCACCAGCCGCAGCCGCAGCAGCAGCCGCAGCAGCAACAGCUAGGAGGACUUGGAGCAGAGUCCGGGAUGUUUCCCCCACCGUCUCCACCCCGAGCGGCGUCGCUCCUGGGGCCGCGGCCGCCGCCGCCGCCGCCCCCGGUGACCGCCCGCCCGACCCUGCUCUCCUGGACGCCGGGUGUUGCUGCCGGCGGCGGGAGUUCCAACCACGUGAACGCGCAGCAGCGACUGGUCGCCGGAGAUGCAGCGGCCGCGACGACGGCGACAGNGGGGGGGGGGGUAGGCGGCGGGGACAGGGACAGGGGGUGGGGGUCGGCGGCGGCGAAGGCGAAGCCGGUGUUGUGACCACCGGCGGCGACGGCGGCGGCGGUGGGUUAGGGUUGCCGUUAGUAAGGUCGGGGCCGCCGCCGCCGCCGCCGCCGCCUGGGGACUGCUGUCCCGGGAGCACGUCGAGCUUGAGCUCCGCACGGCUCUCUGAGGGGCGGAGGGGACGGGGAGUGUCGGAGGCUGCGGCGGUGACCGGGUGCUCUGCGGCGGAAGGGAUAGCGGCGGCGCCGGCGGUGGUGGUUGAUCCGGGGGUGGUCUCCACGGUGUUGUUGUCGGGAGACCCCGCGAGCGGCAGCGGCGGAGGCGGCGCCGGUGGCGACGGCAGGGGCGGCGGCAGAAGAGGAGAGGGCAUGGACGUCUCGUCACCGUCAUCGUCGUUGUCGCCGUCGCCGUCGCUUCCGAUAGCCAAGCGCCAGCGGUACCACCUCGAGAACGGCGGCAGCGGCAGCGGCAGCGGCAGCGGCAGCGGCAGCGGCAGCGGGUGUGGUGGUGGCAGGAGAGAGCGGGAGACAACGGUUACGCAGGUGUUGUUUUUGGACCGGGAGCAGCGGGAGCGGCAGCGGCAGCAGGAGCUGGAGGCGGAACAGAAGGCGACGAGGCAGGAGGAGCAGGAGCUGCAGCUGCAGCUCGCUUUCCACCGCAUGGGCGUUCGGCAGAGGAACUCGCCACCGAGCCCACCGCUCGUGUCAGCUCUGCCGCCGAAGCGCCCAAGGACUCCGGGAGAUGACCCUGGCCAUGGAAAACGCCCCCGAAACGGUUAGUGGAAAACCGGUUUAGAUCGGGGGGAGGGGGGGGAGGAGAUCGUCCAUGUGGCACUUGGGAAUGUUGAGAUCAUUGGAUGGUUUCAUGUAGAUGAUUUUGCCAGCACACUUUUCGUAGGGGGGGGCAUCCGUUUGGUACUUGGAUAGUGUCUAGAUCAUUGAAUGAUUUGAUUGGAUGAUUUUUCCUCGCUCCCAUAAUUCCUGGGUUUGUCGACCUUUUGGUUUGUGGUUCGACCGUUUGCAUAGCAAGAAAAGGAACGAAAACAGUUUUCGCCAAGUUGUUGGUGGUCGCUCUUUGGAGCGAAUGCCAUGCUGCCAGGCUAUGAGUGUGUUUGCGGCGGCAGAGUCGCGGCGGCACGAUGCUGCCAGGAGAAACAAGAGAGCGAAAGGGACCAUUAGGAAGGAAGAGUUUUUUUUUUUUUUAUGGAAACGGACAGCGAAACGAAAACCAAAGUAGUAUGGAACGUUUUUCUGUUCGGGGAACUGUCGGUAAUGUUAUGAUUCACUGCUGUUGCCCCGAGGGGGGUAUUGUGGAGGCAUGGUUGGUGUCUUCCCUCGCCAAGGCUGUGGGAAUUCGGCAUGCCAGGGAUAGGCACGCGCGAGCCUGUCGGGUCGAGAUAGCUCUCGAUUCCACCAGCCGUAUCGUUCUUCUCAACUUUAGUUUUCGUCGAGCGGCAUAAGCCGGGGAACAUGGCUAUUGGCCAUCACGCGUUACUGCGGUGAACUAUGGAUCGCAAGCCACUAUGAUGGGCGAUACCCUUGUUUGAGUGGUGGUUCUGUUGAUGCCUGUAGGGGUCGUCAUCGGCUGCUCUUCAAGUCUCGUCUCCUCUUUCGGUCCGUGAGCCUUCCCGCGCUCGGAAACCAAGACCGUAUGUGACACGAGAUAUUACAGCCCCUGGACCGAGUCUUCAUAUCCACGGCAGAAAAGAGUGGCAUAAUUGGCGGCUUUGAAGACGUCUCGUCGAGAGAGGGCUUUGCGAGGAAAGAUGCAUCGUUUUCAACUAAACAUGUGCUUCGUAUUCUCUUCCUUAGUUGUGGAGAAAUCGAGUGUUGAACACCGGUCCAGGGGGUGUGAUAUCUUACGUCAUGUCACCUACGGUGUACGCUUUUCCAAACUGUUCGUUAGCUUGUUUCACGACUGCUGGUGCGCUGCGCCACUGUCUGUUGGUGACGAUGACGUGGAAACGAGGGAUACUCGAGGGGGUGCGGCGAUCGAAACGGUAGGGGGUGGGGGGUGGGGGGGAGCUCCGCAAAUGACCUCCGGAGCGGUUUGAUUUCUUCAUCAUGGGAAGAACGAGGGGGCACCUUGUUAGGCGUAGCCCACUCACCCUCGGGUAAGAACCCGCAAGAUGAAAAGAGGCAUCUUCGCUGUGCGCCUUGUUCUGUUCGAUGUUCGAUGUUUUCUUUUGUUUGCUCAAGGCGUUCGACUGAAUCGAUGGUCUUGCUUUGUGUCUACUGUGUGUGUGUGUGUGUUUUUUUUUUCUUCUCUCUAUAUGGGAGAGGGUAACCACCUGCCUACUACCUGUCUUUGCGUGCGUAUGAUUACUGUUUACUGUUUGUUAAGCGUUUAGUUCCAGUGCUGCUGCUGUCGAUACCACCACGCUUGGCUGAUGCCACGGUGGUGGCGGGCUGUGACUGAAAUCUUCCCGCCCUUUGGGAGAAAACUAGUGGUGGUUCUGUUCUUCCUUCCGGCGAAUUAGGACGCGGCCAACAGGCUUACGUAGAGGUGUGUCUCCGUACCCGACAAAUGUGAGAUGAGGUGACCCCCCUACCUAACGCAGCAUCAUCACUGGCUUGCUGGCAAGCUUGUGGGCAUGCGGGAUUCCUUCCUCCUCUGUAGAGAUCCUCCGAACCUCGUGGUGGGGAUCGGGUGUCAUGGAUGACGCCAGUUCACUCUAUCAACCUAGUCAGGCAGUUUCCUGGCUGCCACUGGGUGUUUUCAAUGACGCAAGUUCAUUCUUGUCAACCUAGUCAGGCAGCUUCCUGGUUCGUGGUCACUAGGUGUUGCAGAUGACCCGAAUUUCUUUUUUUAACCUACUGUCACGCGUACAUUAUCAAGGGAGUUUCAUGUGUGCACGUGGUUGGUUUGGCGGUUCUUCUUCCUUACGUCGAUUUCUUUUUCUCGAGGUUCCCGAUCCAUGUUUGGUCCGUUUUGUUGGUGUUGGUGGUGGCAGUGGUGAAAUGAAGCGUACGCGUAUGUAUGUGUUCGCGCGGAGACAAGUGAGGCGACAAGUUUUGAAUGGAAGACUACAUCGUACCAUGUCUGUUGGUGCCCGUAAGCAACAACAUGUUUAUUCACUCGUCGUUUUUGCGCGCUCGAGGUAAGAUUGACACGUGACGAGCGGUUCAAAAUGCCUGCGAGACCUGCCCGGUACACGGUAGCUGAGACACCCACCCCCCCUUGGGAGCCGAUUUUCGAAGCUCGAUUCCUUGACGAUG